CUGCUUUGGCAGCAAGGCGUUCUUUGGAAAGGAGUGCAGCAUCCUAGAAAAACUCUUUCCCUUUCUCUCUCUCUCUUUCUGCCUCGCUUUCUCCAUGAUACAUCAAGCUCGGUGAGCGGAGCCAAGAACCCACACCCUCUGUGCUCUCAUUCUUCGCCUGCUUGUGAAGAACACGGAUUUAUUCUUUUGGUGAGAAGGGGAGAGAACGGCAACCUAGAAGAGAGGAGCAGAUAGAUGUGGAGGCAUCCCUCCCAGAAGCAAGCUGGCUGGCAAACCUGAAUUGCCAGCAGGGAGAGUGACUGAGCAGCCAAGCAGCUGCCCUGAGUUUCAGCCUGCUUGUGGUGCAGGUUUUUCAAGUCGCACGCACCUGCCUGUCACACACGAUAUAUCUUAUUUAUUUUUAUACGCACACACAUAUAUAAGGGUGCCGUUUGAGGUAGCCACCUACACAGGUACUUAAAUAUUCACCCAGAACGCCAGCUGCUUGAAGAAGAUCUUGGUUGCUUCCCAGUCACCACCAAACUUGUGGAGAUAAGAUGUCAACGGAAAAGGCUGUCAGUCCCACGGAGGAACAGGUGGAAAUCCUGGAGUACAAUUUCAACAAAGUGAACAAGCACCCUGACCCUGCUACCCUUUGCCUUAUUGCUGCUGAGGCAGGCCUGACCGAGGAAGAGACCCUGAGAUGGUUCAAGAAGCGCUUGGCUGAAUGGCGGAAAUCCGAAGGGCUCCCUUCCGAAAGCGGGUCUGUCAGAGACUGAGUGGAACUUUCCUUCUAGAUACAAUCCUGGGAAAACUGACUGCACAGUGAUUUCUUUCACUGUGUACCACCACAUUACUAUCAGAACUCAUUCUUCGCCUGUUAUUUAACCAGCUGCCUUAUUUAAAAUGUAUAUAACUGGUGCGUGAGGAAUAAUUGUGCAAAAGUUUAUGUACCGGUUGAGGUAUUCUCUUACAGAACAUAAAGCUACCAAUCUGACUGCAGCUACUUCAGUAGUCAUAUGGAGG